CCAGGAGCGCCGCAGCAACUUCCACCCGGCUGAGGGUUUCGAUGGAGCGAGAGGUCGAGCGCGGUGCCAUGGCGGAGGCAGCAGCAAGCGCGUCUUCGACCGUCACCGAGACGGUGGACAGACACCAGGCCACAGACGUGGAGAACCGUAGCAUCACCAUCAGACUGAGGAAGCGCAAGACCAACAAGAAGGUGGAGUGGACGAGCGACACCGUUGACAAUGAGCACCUCGGCCGUCGUUCCUCGAAGUGCUGCUGCAUCUACGAGAAGCCGAGGGCGUUCGGCGAGAGCUCGUCGGAGAGCGAGGACGAGGACGGGGGCUGCGGCAACGCCCACUGCGUCCGGGGCCACAAGAAACCGUUCGCAGGGGAGCCGCGCUCCGACCACAACCACGACAGCGAGCACUCCAAUCACGGCCUCAGCCAGCCGCCAGAAAACUGAGGGAGAAGGAGGGGGAGGUGGGGUGUGCUGGGGAGAGAGAGAGAGACACUUGGGGGGUUAGGGGAGGGAAGGUGUGGUUUCGAGGGGGAAACUGAAAUGAGUGAGUGGAGCUGGGAUGGGGAGGGCGGCGAAGGGUUGGGGGGCUGCUGCUGGUGAUGGAACACUUGUCCCCCACUGGACACGCCUGCUGUCCCAGCCCCCCCGUCAACAGGCUGACUGUGUGGUUCCCCACCCCCUCUAAUCGAGGGGAGGGUUGGUUUUUUUCCCCUUUU